UGUAUGCCGCCGUCUGUUCAAGCAUACUGCCAGCAAACGUUGCAAAGAGCUCUACCUUCUAUUGAACUCAUUGUGAUUUAUUGAACGAUGGCCAAGCUCAUGUUGGUAGUUUUGGGGGCGUUGGUGGCGAUGGCGGCAGCGAAGCAAUUUGAGAAAUGCGAGCUGGUCCGCGAACUAAGGAAGCAAGGUUUCCCUGAGUCGGAGAUGAGAGAUUGGGUGUGCCUGGUGGAGAAGGAGAGCGGUUUCCGCACGGACGCGAUCGGCAAGCUGAACGGUGACGGCUCCUGGGACCACGGGCUGUUCCAGGUCAACGACCGCUACUGGUGCACGCGCGACGGCCCGCCCGGCCUCGAGUGCAACCUCUCCUGCGCAGCGCUGCGCACGGACGACAUCACGGCGGCGGCGACCUGCGUGAAGAAGAUCUUCGCGCGCCACGGCUUCGGCGGCUGGACCGCCUGGAAGGCGCACUGCCAGGGCGCCAAGCCCGACAUCUCCAAAUGCUAGAUGCUCAGAAUAUUAGAGACACAUCUCAAUUUCAUAGAACCGAUAAUAAGUAUUUUUUAGUUUCUUAAGAUUAAAAGAGCUAAGUUUGUUAC